CACAAACGACUAAACUUGCACGCAUGGCACGAUAUUCUCAUGCGUUUGGCGGGAAAUCGGAUAUUGCGGCUAUAUAAGGAACAACACGUGGCGCUUGCGCUAUCCAGUCCCGAAACCACUAACAGAAACACUGAUCUCAAGAUGUUGCCGUACGUUGUGUGUGCCGUCCUACUCGUGACGUCAUUUACAAAUGCAAACGAAUUAGAUGCCGACACUUUAGAGGGGUUCCAGUCCGCAAUUUAUGGAAAGAUCAUGGCACAUUUAGAUGCCGAGUACCAACUCCUUCAGCCCGCAAUUGCCCAACAAAACCAGAGCAUGGAACGGUGUAGGGGUCUGAUCAACGCAGCUCAGGAAACCUGUAAAACCUGCGCUAGCAGUCGUUGCCAAGGGGACUUCGGAGACUGGAUCAUGGGUGGCUUUGGUGAGAUGGCUGGCUGGUUUAAGGGAGCUGGCAAUAGUUUCGUCGACUGGCAAGGCUGGCAGGACCUUGGCGGCUUCUUCGGGGAUAUUGGUGACUGGUUCGGAGGUGCCGGAAAUAGCUUCGUCAAUUGGAAGGGUUUUGAUGACAUGAAAAACUUUUUCGGCGGCAUUGGCAAUGCAUUCUCAAGCGGGUUCAACACUGUUAAAAACACUUUCGGCAAUUGGGGCAAUUCUAUUGGCAGUGGACUGAGCAAUUUUGGAAAAUCGUUUACCAGUGGAUUGUCCAGUGUAUUUGGACGACGUCGCCGUGACGUUGGACCACUUGCAAUGACGUCACGCAAACUUCAGAUGAUCAGACAUCGUUAUAUGGCGAAACGAGUGGAGGAACUUGACCCAGAAACCAGACGGUGUAUGGAGCAAUGUAACGAAUGCACACCUUUUCUCGGAGACCAAACUGCAUUAAUAGGCGGAGUGUGUGGUGAUCAGAUCUUACUUGAUCAAGCAGCAAUGUCGGAGGUGAUGACCAACAUGCAGGCGCUCUUCAAUGCCAAUGGAAACCCCCUACAAGGAACAACGCCAAUCGUCUCCAAGAUCGAAUUCGACCAGUCUGACUUCAGCUUUACCGACUUCAGUGUGGGAGGAGGUUACGUCACUGCAAAAACUCCCAAUGGCGUGGUUAGGUACCCAAGUAACUACAGGUACAAGAUGCAAUCACCACAAACCACCGCGGAAAAUUUAGCGCAGGAACUGAUUGAAAAAUGGAACAUUUAGAUAUUGAAACUGAACUUCUAGUGAUAUACACGAUUUUUGAAUGAAUAUGGACUUUAACGUGCAGUUACUAGUAAAUGUAGGUUAAUAACAAUAAUAAACAGUUUCAGCACGAGAUUAAUCUGUCCAAGGAAGCCAUACAGCCAACAAAUGUCUCGUGCAACAUUAACAAACCCAUCUGAAUGUUUGGUUUUUGUUUAGUUUUUGAUAUUGUUAAUUGUUUAUGUUUUGCAUUAAUAAAUGUUUGUGACUACAA